CCGCCUCCUUCCAGUAAGCAGCUUACCUGUGUGUCUGUUUUUAGUGUCCAGGUGUGGAGUGGAACUUGUUGUUGGUGUCUCUGUGUGAAGAAACUAUGGGAUUUAGAUGUCUGUAAUUUUGCCAACUCUGGUGAGCUGAUGUGGAUGUAAAUUCAGCUGCAUGGAUGAGUGUGAGGACAGAGAGGAGGAAGUCCCUCCCUCUAAAAGAGCCAGAAAGAGCCAGAGCAAAGCUCGGAGGAACGAACCUGGACCUGCACCCAGCUCUGUGUCCCUAAAGAGUGUCCAGUCUAAAGAUGAAGGCAUUAAAUUUAAAGCCCAGCAGGCAUCUGCUGCAGAGAGAUUAAUACUGGAGGAACCAGUACAGGAGGAGCAGCUGGAGCCUUCAGCAUUGACUGCUUCAUCAGCAGAGGAGAAGCUUGCCAGGAUGCAGACACAGUUUGUUUUAAGAGUGCCAUCAGAAAUCCUUAAGCAGCUCGUUGAGGCUCUUGUGACAGAUUGUGUUUUGAAUGACUUGGAGAAAGAAUCAAUACUGAUGGAGGAUGUUGGAGAAAAUGAAAAGAGGAUCAGAGUCAGAGAAGAGAGGGCUCGCUGCUUCAUUGAUGAAGUGAAGAAUAAAGGAAACAACGCCUGUGAGAAAAUGAUCAGACAUCUUCAGACCAAAGAUCCAGCUCUCUCUUCUCUGCUGCAUUUAUACUCUGAUACAUCUGCUCAUCAAGAUGUCAUUCAGAGUUGUCAACCUAAAGUUAAGUCUGCACUGAAGAAGAAGUUCCAGUGUGUGUUUGAGGGGAUUGCCAAAGCAGGAAUCCCAACCCUUCUGAAUCAGAUCUACACAGAGCUCUACAUCACAGAAGUAGGGACUGCAGAGGUCAAUUAUGAACAUGAGGUCAUACAGAUUGAAGCAGAAUCUAGGAAACUAGACAGACCAGAAACAACAAUCGGAGAGGAAAACCUCUUUAAAGCCUCACAUGGAAGAAAUGAACCAAUCAGAACAGUGCUGACAAAGGGGGUGGCUGGCAUUGGGAAAACAGUCUUAACACAGAAAUACACCCUGGACUGGGCUGAAGACAAAGCCAACCAGGACAUCCAGUUCAUAUUUCCAUUCACUUUCAGAGAGCUGAAUAUGCUAAAACAGAAAAAGUUCAGCUUGGUGGAACUUGUUCAUCACUUCUUUACUGAAACCAAAGAAGCAGGAAUCUGCAGCUUUGAAGACUUCCAGGUUGUGUUCAUCUUUGAUGGUCUCGAUGAGUGUCGCCCUCCCCUGGACUUCCACAACACUGAGAGUGUGACUGAUGUUACAGUGCCCACUGCAGUUAAUGUACUUCUCACAAACCUGAUCAGGGGGAAACUGCUUCCCUAUGCUCAUAUCUGGAUAACCACACGACCUGCAGCAGCUGAUCAGAUCCCCCCGGAGUAUGUUCACAGAGUGACAGAGGUCAGAGGGUUCACUGAUCCACAGAAGGAGGAGUACUUCAGGAAGAGAUUCAGAGAUGAGGAGCAGGCCAGCAGGAUCAUCUCCCACAUCAAGACAUCACGAAGCCUCCACAUCAUGUGCCACAUCCCAGUCUUUUGCUGGAUCACUGCCACAGUUCUGGAGGAUGUGCUGAAAGCAAGAGAGGGAGGACAGCUGCCAAAGACCCUGACUGAGAUGUACAUCCACUUCUUGGUGGUCCAGGCCAAAGUGAAGAAGAUCAAGUAUGAUGGAGGAGCUGAGACAGAUCCACACUGGAGUCCAGACAGUAGGAAGAUGAUGGAGUCUCUGGGAAAACUGGCUUUUGAUCAGCUGCAGAAAGGAAACCUGAUCUUCUAUGAAUCAGACCUGACAGAGUGUGGCAUCGAUAUCAGAGCAGCCUCAGUGUACUCAGGAGUGUUCACACAGAUCUUUAAAGAGGAGAGAGGACUGUACCAGGACAAGGUGUUCUGCUUCAUCCAUCUGAGUGUUCAGGAGUUUCUGGCUGCUCUUCAUGUCCAUCUGACCUUCAUCAACUCUGGAGUCAAUUUGCUGGAAGAACAAAAAACAACCUCCCAGAAGCCUGAGACCAAAGAAUUUGCAGAGACAGAUUUCUACCAGAGUGCUGUGAACAAGGCCUUACAAAGUCCAAAUGGACACCUGGACUUCUUCCUCCGCUUCCUCCUGGGUCUUUCACUACAGACCAGUCAGAUUCUCCUGCAAGGCCUGCUGACACAGACAGAAAGUAGCUCACAGACUAAUCAGGAAACAGUGCAGUACAUCAAGGAGAAGCUCAGUGAGAAUCUGUCUGCAGAGAAAAGCAUCAAUCUGUUCCACUGUCUGAAUGAACUGAAUGAUUGUUCUCUAAUGGAGGAGAUCCAACAGUCCCUGAGAUCAGGAAGUCUCUCCACAGAUAAACUGUCUCCUGCUCAGUGGUCAGCCCUGGUUUUCAUCUUACUGUCAUCAGAAAAAGAUCUGGAUGUGUUUGACCUUAAGAAAUACUCUGCUUCAGAGAAGGCUCUUCUGAGGCUGUUGCCAGUGGUGAAAGCCUCCAACAAAGUUCUACUAAGUGGUUGUAGUCUCUCACAAAGAAGCUGCGAAGCUUUGUGCUCAGUUCUCAACUUACAUUCCUCUAGUCUGAGAGAGCUGGACCUGAGUUACAACAAUGUGCAGGAUUCAGGAGUGAAUAAGCUUUUUGUUGGCGUAGAAAGUCCACAUUCUAAACUGGAAACUCUCAGACUGAAUGUCUGUAACCUCUCGGAGAGAAGCUGUAAGACUCUUUCCUCAGUCCUGAACUCACAUUCCUCUAGUCUGAGAGAGCUUGACCUGAGUGACAACAAUCUGCAGGAUUCCGGCGUGAAGAAGCUUUCUGUUGAAAUCAACACAUCACAUUGUAUACUAGAAAUUCUUAGACUGAGUGGCUGUAACCUCUCAGAAUGUAGCUGUGAAGCUCUUUCCUCGGUUCUCAACUCCCAAUCAUCUAGUCUGAGAGAGUUUCACCUAAACAACAAUGACCUGCAGGAUUCAGGCAUGAAGAAACUGUCUGUUGGUUUGGAGAGUCCAAAUUGUAAACUGGAAAUUCUCAGACUGUCAGGCUGUCUGAUCACAGAUGAAGGCUGUAGUUAUCUGGCCUCUGCCCUGAGUGCCAACCCCUCCCACCUGAGAGUGCUGGACCUGAGUUACAAUCAUCCAGGCGACUCCGGAAUGAAGGUGCUGUUGGCUGGACUGAAGGAUCCACACUGGAGACUGGACACUCUCAGGGUGGAGCCUGCUGGAGUCCAAUGGUUGAGACCAGGUCUGAGGAAGUAUUCCUGUCAACUCACAAUCGACACAAACACAGUGAACACAAACCUCAAACUGUCUGACAACAACAGGAAGGUGACAGAUGUGGAGGAGGUUCAGUCAUGUCCUGAUCAUCCAGACAGAUUUGAUUAUUUCUAUCAGCUGCUGUGUAGAAAUGGUCUGACUGGUCGCUGUUACUGGGAGGUUGAAUGGAGAGGAAAAGUUUAUAUAUCUGUGAGCUACAGAAGAAUCAGAAGGAAAGGAGACUGUAAUGACUGCUGGUUUGGAGGAAAUGAUCAGUCCUGGAGUCUGUACUGCUCUGAUGAUGGUCCUUGUCGUGUCUGGCACAGUAACAAAGUAACAUCUAUCUCGUUCUCCUCCUCCUGUGUCUCUAAUAGAGUAGCAGUGUAUGUGGACUGUCCUGCUGGCACUCUGUCCUUCUACAGAGUCUCCUCUGACACUCUGAUCCACCUCCACACCUUCAACACCACAUUCACUGAAACUCUUUAUCCUGGGUUUAGAGUCUGGCCUCCUGGUUCCUCAGUGUCCCUGGACACUGCGCCGAUCAACAUCGAUUUUGCAUUCACCAAUGAGCUGAAUCAGUUCUACGCCCGUUUCGAGCUUAGCCAGGCGGCUAAUGCUAUCUACCGCCUGACUACCGAGGACAGUGACGUCAUCAGCGAGAGACCGAUGACCAGCAUGACGUCCGAGCGGCAUUGA